AUGCCGUCUGAACACUGCCUCAGUAUUCAGGAAAUGCUGACGGGCCAGCGGCUCUGCCACUCGGAAUCUCACAACGACAGUGUCCUGGCAGCGCUGAACCAGCAAAGGAGCGACGGCAUGCUCUGCGACGUCACCCUGAUUGCGGAGGAGCAGAAGUUCCACGCCCACAAGGCCGUCCUGGCGGCCUGCAGCGACUACUUUCGGGCCAUGUUCAGUCUUUGUAUGGUGGAAAGUGGAGCUGAUGAGGUGAAUUUGCAUGGUGUGACCAGCCUUGGCUUAAAGCAGGCUCUGGAGUUCGCAUACACAGGACAGAUUUUGCUGGAGCCGGGCGUGAUCCAGGAUGUGUUAGCGGCUGGCAGCCACCUGCAGCUGUUGGAGCUCCUCAGUUUAUGUUCCCACUAUCUCAUCCAGGAAUUAAAUAUCUUUAAUUACUUGGAUCUGUACAGACUUGCUGACCUCUUUAACCUCACUUUGUUGGAGAAGGCAGUGAUCGAUUUCUUAGUGAAGCAUCUCUCUGAACUCCUGAAGAGCCGCCCAGAAGACGUUCUAACGCUUCCUUAUUGUCUGCUUCAGGAGGUCCUGAAGAGCGACCGCCUGACCUCCCUGAGUGAAGAGCAGAUCUGGCAGCUAGCUGUGAGGUGGCUGGAACACAACUGCCACUACCAGCACAUGGACGAGCUCCUGCAGUACAUCCGCUUUGGCCUGAUGGACGUGGACACCCUCCACACAGUUGCCCUGUCCCACCCCCUGGUCCAGGCCAGUGAGACCGCCACGGCUCUGGUGAACGAGGCCCUGGAAUACCACCAGAGCAUCUACGCGCAGCCCGUGUGGCAGACGCGCAGGACCAAGCCCCGGUUCCAGUCGGACACCCUGUACAUCAUCGGCGGGAAGAAGCGCGAGGUGUGCAAGGUCAAGGAGCUGCGGUACUUCAACCCCGUGGACCAGGAGAACGCUCUCAUCGCUGCCAUCGCCAACUGGAGCGAGCUGGCGCCCAUGCCCGUGGGAAGGAGCCACCACUGCGUGGCGGUCAUGGGGGACUUCCUGUUCGUGGCGGGAGGGGAGGCGGAGCACGCCACGGGCCGGACGUGUGCCGUGAGGACCGCCUGCCGCUACGACCCCCGCAGUAACUCCUGGGCCGAGAUAGCCCCCAUGAAGAACUGCCGGGAGCACUUCGUGCUGGGCGCCAUGCAGGAAUACCUCUACGCGGUCGGGGGCAGGAACGAGCUGCGCCAGGUGCUGCCCACCGUGGAGAGAUACUGUCCCAAGAAGAACAAGUGGACGUUCGUGCAGUCCUUCGACAGGUCCCUCUCCUGUCACGCUGGCUACGUGGCGGAUGGUCUUCUCUGGAUAUCGGGUGGAGUAACUAAUACCGCACAGUAUCAGAAUAGACUAAUGGUGUAUGAACCUAACCAGAAUAAGUGGAUAAGCCGCAGCCCCAUGCUGCAGAGAAGGGUGUACCACUCCAUGGCGGCCGUCCACAGAAAGCUCUACGUCCUCGGAGGCAAUGACCUGGACUACAACAACGACCGGAUCCUGGUGCGGCACAUAGACUCCUACAACAUAGACACCGACCAGUGGACACGCUGUAACUUCAACCUGUUGACCGGCCAAAAUGAAUCUGGAGUUGCUGUCCAUAAUGAGAGGAUCUAUUUAGUUGGUGGAUAUUCGAUUUGGACAAAUGAGCCUCUGGCUUGUAUCCAGGUUUUGGAUGUAAGUAGAGAAGGUAAGGAAGAAGUAUUCUAUGGGCCUACACUCCCUUUUGCUUCCAAUGGAAUAGCAGCAUGUUUCCUUCCAGCUCCAUAUUUCACAUGCCCUAAUCUUCAAACUCUUCAAGUGCCUCAUCACAGGAUUGGCACCAUCUGA